AUGCGCUCGCUGUGGGCAUUAUCGGCACUGGCUUUCUCAGUUAAAGCCAUACAAACAACAGGAUGUCCUAUUUUGGGACCGGCAUUCCCUGCCCCUACCGCUCUUUCAGAGGAUCCUACUUUCCUUAGCAAAGCUGAGGAAUUGACCUCAAAGCUCAAUGAUGCCAUUAAAAAUGGAAGUCUGCCCGCCAUAUCCUUCGCAGUGCAGGUCUUUAGCAGCGAAGAGGACGACGCACCAUUCGAUUUCUACCACACAGAUGAUCCAGUUAAAGUUGGAUCUGUGGGCGUUCAAGAGGUCGACGAGGAUACCAUGUUCCGCAUUGGCAGCAUAUCAAAGCUGUGGACUAUGUUUCUCUUCAUGACCCUGGAAGGAACACAGUACUUCCACGAGCCCGUUUCGAAAUACGUUCCUGAGCUGCGAACAAACUACAGUGCAGCACAGGCCAAAGAUACAAUUAAUUAUUUGCAAUGGAGCGAUGUGACGAUCGGCGAGCUGGCUAGUCACCAAGCGGGCCUUGCAAGAGACUAUGCAUUUGGAGACCUCGAAUUUGAGUCAGAGCUUCUGCAGGGCAUGGGGUUCCCUGCGCUCCUAAAAAAUGAUCAACUGACUUGUGGGAGCACGUCUACGUGUGAUAGGAAGGAAUUCUUCCGUGGCAUUCUACAAACGCAUCCCUUGACUGCAACAUCACAGACCCCGAUAUACUCAAACGCAGGAUAUCAAAUUCUAGGCUACGUGUUGGAGUCAAUCGCAAAAGCCGACUUUGAAGAUAUAUUACUGGACCGUCUUAUCAAGCCACUCAACUUGACUCGGUCUUGUCUUCAAAUCCCAGACCCCAGCUUGGCAGUGAUUCCCUACAAUGAGACUUUCAGUUGGUUUGGGUAUCAGAUUGGUGAAGAAGCUCCUGCCGGAGGCAUGUUCUCUUCUGCAAAGGAUAUGGCUACAUUUGGCCGUGCCAUUCUUUCCAACACCCUUGUUGACCCUGCCGUGACAAGAAGGUGGCUGAGGCCGAUGGCUCACACAUCAUCCCUGCAACUGUCCGUGGGCGCCCCCUGGGAAAUCUAUACAUUUUUGACACCUCGUCGGGUCGACCUGUAUACCAAGGCUGGGGACAUCGGACUGUACUCCAGUUCGAUCGGUCUUUCACCGGAUCACAAUGCCGGUUUCACGGUUCUAGUAGCCGGAGCUAACUCUCACGCGAUGACAGCACAAAUCGGAGAAAUGGUUGCCGAUAUUAUGCUUCCCGCGCUUGAUGAAGUCGCUAGAAACCAAGCCUUUGAACGCUUUGGCGGUACAUAUGCCUUGACGAGCGACUCCUUCAAUUCCUCAAUCACCGUCAUGGCUGAUGACGGGCCGGGUCUGGUGGUCUCAGCAUGGAUUAGCAACUCGGUGGACAUGAUCGAAUCUUUGAUGACUUUGCAAGGGGUAGCUGAUCGCUCUGCGAUAGGCAUUCGUCUACAGCCUAGUGGUCUUGAGACCCCAGGGCGGAUCUCCUUCCUGGCUGUCAUUUAUGCACUUCCUAUCUCGGAAGAUGCUGGGCCUUUUAUUGGCUCCUGCUUUUCGUGGAUUUUGCUUGAGUCAAUGGUGUAUGGCAACGUGGGCCUUCCAGAGUUUGAAUUCACUCUGGAUCAUGAUGGAGAUGCGACGAGCUUAUCCCCCCGGGCGUUGCGCGUUACUCUCCCUAGAGUUUAA